CACGUGUUGCCACGUGUUCCCUUCCAACCCAUGGUUAAUUCCAGGAAACUGGUGGUUUAGUGUAGGCCGCAUGUUUUCCCCCCUCUUCAAAAAUAAACAAGAAACAAAAAGGCAGGAAGCUGGAGUUAUAUAUAUAUAUAUAUAUUUGUUGGUACAUGUCUCCUCUGUUUUUGCUCUGUUCCGCUCCUCCUCCAAAACGAACCCAGAGAGGGAAAAGAAGGACCAAGUGAUUGAAUUUCGGUGGUUGUGCGAUCUGGGUUUUCUCCAAAAAACCGGAAAGCAUGGGUCUUUCUAAUUUCCCAACUCCUUCAGAAGGGGUACUGCCCCUUUUGGUGGUCAACACGGUUCUCUCAGUUGCCCUGCUUAAGAACAUGGUAAGGUCUCUGCUUCAUUGGAUUGUUACUUCUCCAAUCAGCUUUGAUGGGAAUCAAGAAGAAAGCGGAGCCGGAAUUAUUAGAAUUACUAGUAGUAGCAGAAGGAGGAGAAGGAUAUCCAUAACACAGUUCAGGGCAUUGAGUGGUGGGGUUGGUGCUGAAGCUUCUUCAACCAGCACCAACAAUGGCGGCGGCAGCAGCGAAGGAAGGAGUGCUUGGUUGGCGACGACGGUGGAGUGUUGUGUUUGCUUAUGUGGGUUUGAAGCGGAAGAGGAAGUGAGUGAGCUUUCUUGCAAGCAUUUCUUUCACAAAGGUUGUCUGCAGAAAUGGUUCGAUAACCAGCACGCUACUUGCCCACUCUGUCGAUCGAUCAAGUAGAUUUUGUGGGGGAAGGAAGGGAAUUUCUGGUUAAGCUUUAGCAGAAACAAGGAAAAGAGGAAAAUUCCCAAGUUGUCAGGGAUUUCUCCGUAGAAAUAUGUAGUUUGUUUGUAGCUUAAAAGCUUUCAGUCUUGAGCUUCUUUGUGGUGUUGUUUUUUCUCCCUUCAGGACUGUUGGUUGGGUUUUCUUAAGAGCUUGGUGUUCUUUUAGACCACAGGUUGUGGGACUUGGCUGAUGCUUAUGAAGGGAUUGGAUUGGAACCAUUUUGUGCUUGCAGCUUGUUUUAAUUGGAAAAUUUUGAGUUAUAGGUCAAAUUCUUAUGAUGAGUUCAAGUUGAUAAAAUCAAGCAAGUGAAGAAAUCCGCGGUUGCUUAAUGAAUGGUGCUCAUGUUU